AAAGUCAAUAGUAAACAACUAAACACUACACCAAACAGAGUCGAGAUAUCCUGCGUUGUUAGACGCUUCAGCCAAGAUAGUGUUCCAUAGUUCAAUACGUUAUUGACCCAAAUGUGUAAUUGAUAUCUUAUCUUUAAGGACAUUUUUCCUAACAUAGAAGACACGCUGGUAACAAUAUUCGUUCCUCUACUAUUACAGUCAAGUUGUGGAAGUUGUAGUCAGUAUAGUAGUAGCAGUAGGUAUCAGAUAUAUCAGAGAAAAAAGUAGGUACAUAGUUGCAGUGGAUUCCUGUAUCAAAUCAACAUGACAAUGGAUGUUCUGAGUAUUUAUCUUCUUACCUGGAAUGUGGUUACGGUAGAACCUCCACCAAGUGAUCAGUUGCAAAGUUUAUUGGAUUCGAAUGCUGAUUUCAUUGCCAUUGGGUUGCAAGAGGUAAAAUCACAACCACAGAACCUCAUAGCAGAUAACUUGUAUGAAGAUUCCUGGACUAAUUCCUUCAGAGAUGUUUUGGCAAAACAUGACUAUGUUAAAAUCCAUACAGUGAGACUAGUUGGAAUCCUCUUGUCUUUUUUUGCGAAAAAACAACAUUUACUUUCCAUUAGAAAUGUGGAAACAUCUUAUACUAGAACAGGAUUUAAUGGACUCUGGGGUAACAAAGGAGCAGUAUCAAUUCGUUUUAACUUCAAAGGGAGUUCUGUUUGUCUUGUCAACUGUCACCUUUCUCCUCAUGACAAAAAACUCUCUAAUCGUAUAGCAGACUACCACUCCAUCAUCAAUUCACAAACAUUCCAUAAAGAAAAGAUCAGUUUAGUCAUAGACCAUGACUUGGUUUUUUGGUUUGGAGAUCUCAAUUUUAGACUUGAUGUAGACUCAUUUUCUACAAGUGAGAUUGUUAAUCUUGUUUCUCAAAAUGAUCUGAAACCUUUAUUGGAAAAGGAUGAAUUAAAUGAAACAAUUUCGAGUAACAAAGCCUUUAGUGGCUUUUCGGAGUGUAAGAUUAAUUUUAAGCCUACAUAUAAAUUCAUACCUGAUUCACAGGAAUAUGAUAAAAAGAGACGACCAGCUUGGACUGAUCGUAUCAUCUACAAAACCUUCGAGAAUUCGUCGGAGAAACAAACACAGAGGAAGGAUUCAGACCAAGUUCUAUGUAAAGGAUAUCAAAGUCACAGCAAUUUCACCGUGAGCGAUCACAAACCUGUUUCAGCGCAGUUUGAUAUACAAGUAAAAGGUGGGCUACUUGAUGUUGUUACCUUUGAUCCAAUUAAGUCAUGGGUUGACGGAACGGUUGGAAAAAUUGUAGUUACACUUCCUUCUAGCAUCGAAAUUUCUUCUUGGCAUUGGAUUGCUAUUUAUCGGGAGGAAUUUUCGAGCCUUGGCGAGUAUGUUUCUUAUGUAUGGGUCACUCGCCAAUCUCUACCUGAUCGAUCAAGAUCUUAUGAAAUUAACGUUCCAGAAAAAAGUGUCCGCAUUCCCGGGAAGUAUAUUGCUGCCUACAUGAGUGACACCCAUCCUUACCACAUUAUGGGAAUCAGUUCUGUUUUUGAGGUGGAUGAAAGCCAUUUGGAGUAUAGAGAAUUGUAACUAUUUAAAGCUAGUUUCAGCUUAAAAGGACAACUAUAAAGAAAAUAAUUGUGCCAGAUUUUAAACCAUUGGCAGAUAAACAAAAAUAUUGAUAUGGUAAUAAAUAUAAACUUACACACUUCUUUUUUUGAAGAAUAAACAAAUACACGCAUUUUGUUUCGAA